AUGGGUAAUUGCAAUCUUAAUUCAAAGUUGCUGACUGACAUACAGAAAAAUGAUGAUGUUACUGGUAAGUCAAUUAAUGUACCAUUAUCAACUGGUUUUAAUCAACAAAAAUGUCAUCGUCAAGAUUCUAUUAAUGUCACAAGUGAAAAUGUUCUUUUGAACUCAAGUUUGAUUAGACAUCAACAUGCUUCUGCUAGUGGAACUUCUGAAGUACAACUAGUUAUUUCUCCAACACGUCCAUCACGUAGAUGUCUUUCUAAUGCUUCUAAUGAUGGUGAUUUUCAAGAUGUAUGUUAUAAAAAAUCAAAACAGAUAAAUAAUCAAAGUAGUAGUACAAUUCGUCCUCAAUUAUUACAUCAUCAUAAUGUUACUGAUACAGUUAAUGAUAAUGUGAAUAUGAAUUUAAAUGUUAAUAAUCAUGUUACUACUACUUCAUCAGUAAUUUCAAAUAAUUUUACAACAGGUCAUAAUCAACAGCAACAAUUAUUAACAACAGCUUCUGCUCGUUAUGCGUUGACACGUUUUCCUUUUCCACCACACAUAGUUCGAUUUAAAUCUACCAAUGUUUCAAUUACUUAUUUCAAAGCAGAGGUGAUCAAGCAUUAUAAAUCUGAUCAUAAUCUUACUAUUGAAGUUAUUAGUUGUCAAAGGUCCACCAUCAAAUGCAACAACAAUGAAAUGGAUGUUUUAUUAUAUGUUAAAGAUUCAACUUCUUUUGCUGUUUUAUUAGAUCAUUCGAAGUGGCCAUUGGUGAUUUGUGGUGAACAGUUUACUUUUCCUUCUGUUCCAUCUAUUCCUCCACAAUUGUCUUUGAUUAUUAAAAAUGUUGAUAUUCAGUUAGAUUUUGAUGAAUUUUCUCUGGAUCUUAAGAAUUUAUAUCCUAGUAUUAAGAAUGUUAUUCGUAUGAAAAAUAAAUUUAGUAAUGAUAUUAAAAUGGUGAAAUUAGAAUUGACUUGUGCUAAAGAAAGAGAUGAUUUAUUAAAUAAUAAACUGGUAUAUGUUAAUUAUAUUUGUUAUGAAAUUGAAGAAUAUAUUGCUCCUGUGAAUGUUUUAAUAUGUUCAAAAUGUUGUUCAGUAGGACAUUUUCGUCGUCAAUGUACUGAACAAGAUGAAACUUGUAAAUCCUGUGGUCAAUCUUUUAAAGAUUUAAAAAUGCAUCAUUGUUCAUCUAUUAUUAAAUGUAAACAUUGCAAUGGUGAUCAUCUAUCUAACUCUAUGAAAUGCCCUGUUGUUAAAACCUUUCGUGCUGAUCUUACAAAAAAAUUAAUGAACAUCAAUAAUAAUGUUACUUCAUAUUCUUCGUCUAUUGCAGCUAAUAUAGCUAAUAAUAACACGUCUCAACAUAUUAAUAAUGAUUUUCCUCGUACAGCAGCUCCGUGGGCACCAUCCAGUAAUCCAAUGGAUUUAAAAUUAAAUACUCUUAUAUCAGGUCUCUCUCAAGUUAAUGAAACUUUAAGUAAAUUGUGUGUUACAAAUCAAGGUUUUCAACAAUUUAUGAUUGAAAAAAAUGAAAAUGAUAAAAGAAUUAAUAAUGAAAUUCAUGAUCUUAAAUCUAUUAAUCAUAAAAUGGAUCAAGAUGUAAUGGUAUUGAACGAAAAGGUGAAUGAUUUGGACAAAUUGGUGAAAUCAAAUGAUGAUAUUUUUAAACAAUUUUUAUUUCCUAUGUUGGAUGACAUUUUAAAACUUAUUGAUACUAAGAAUGUGGUAAGAGGUGGUAAAACUGUUGAUCCUGGUUUAAAAAGUAAAAUUGAUCGUUUUCGUAAUCAAAUGUCCGAUGCGAUGGAUGGUAAAAGCUUCAUAUAA